AUGGCCCGAUUAUCCACCCUCGCGGCAGCACUCGCCCUGAUCUCCUUCACCAAUGCCGCCGACUGCGGUGCCGCGUAUACGGACUACUUCGCCGCGAUCAAUGCUGCGCUCGGCACCGUCGCCAGCGGCGAGCGCGUUGCCGUGAUGGCUUCGGGUUCCAUUGGCACCAACAUCAUCUCGAUCGACAGCGGCAAAAUCUUCGAGGGCUGCUGCACCAUCGACCUGGGCUACAAGGCUGGGAGGGGCGGCAUUGAGUCGCUGAACACCAAGGGUGUCUCCAUCCCCUAA